AUGGCGAACAUAUCGGAUGCGUGUCUAACUUUACCUCUGAGUGCAGGUGAGGACACUUUCGAGCUAUUCUCGGUGAAUCUGGAGCUGGAAUCCGUGGAGAAACAGAUCCGUGGUCUGCUGGAAAAGCAAGCCGAGCUGUUGGAUCGGCGAUCAGCACUUGAAGCAGCACGCGCCGAUGCUCACAAAAUAACAAGUGAAAUAUCUGAUCUCUGUUGUUUUCUGCUAUUAAAUAAGGGUUCACUUGAACUGAUUCUAACUGUAUUUCUGUGUAUUUUAGACCAGGUGAGAGUGAAAGAGCAAAGACAAGAACUGAAUGAAGUGGAGGAGGAACAUCGUAACUUUACAAUUCAAAGAACAAAAGCCAAAAAGACACACACCUGCACUCAGUGUGGAAAGAGUUUCACACAGAAAGGACACCUUAACAUACACAUGAGAAUUCACACUGGAGAGAAACCGUAUACAUGCACUCAGUGUGGAAAGAGUUUUUCUCAAGCAUCAGGUCUCAGUGUUCAUCUGCGCAUUCACUCUGGAGAAAAGCCAUUUAACUGUGAUCAGUGUGGUAAAGAUUUUAUUUCAUCAGCAAAUCUAAAAUCACACCUGAAAGUUCAUUCAGAUGAGAAGCCUUAUGUGUGUUCUCACUGUGGAAAGAGUUUUUCACGACCAAACGGUUUUAAACGGCACCAGAAAACACACAGUGAAGUGAGAGAUCAUGUGUGUUGUGACUGUGAGAAGAGCUUUACUACAUCUGGUGAUCUGAAACUGCAUCAACAAAUUCAUACUGGAGAAAAACCUUACAAGUGCUCAUAUUGUGACAAGAGUUUCACUCAGUCUACACACCUGAAAUCACACGAGCGAGUUCAUACUGGAGAGAAGCCGUACGACUGUACUCAGUGUGAGAAGAGUUUCUCCCACUCAUGUAAUCUAGUUAGGCAUAUUAGAAAGCAUUGUUCUGUGUCACAGUGAGCAAAUGUUUUGUUAGAUUCACAUAAAGUAAAUGUGUAGUUA